AUGCCCGGUAAUGAAUCGUCUACAAAAAUAACGGUGCUAGAUGCAAUUUUGAUGUUUAAUGAUGCCUGGCAUAAACUAUCACAAAGUACACUGAGAGAAUGUUUCAAACAUGCAAGAUUCAUUGAAAACCACGACGAGUUACCUGUUCAAAUAGCAGAACAUGAUUUUGAUGAAGAAGAUAACUUCCCUUUAUCUUUGUGCCCACGAAACCUAAAUUCAGAUUAUUUAGUAGCACCGGAAAUCUGGGAAGAUUAUGUUGACAUCGAUAGCGCUCUCCUCACAUCCGAAGAACCCACCGAUGAAAAUAUUGUACAGAACAUUAAUACUGAGGAACAACUCGAAAGUGAUGGGGAAGAGGAAGUCGAGGAAGAACCAUUACCUACCGCAGAAGAGGCAUUAAAGGCUGCAGAAUUAUUAUCACGAUUUGUUCAUAGCAAUAUUGAGAAUGAUAAAUUGAUCAUGGCGAUGUCUUCUAUACACAAUAAUAUAAGAGACUGUUAG